GUCAGAUGGAUCCGCACGCAGCCGGGGGAGGAACUCAGCUUCUUCUCCGUCUCCCUGGACGGCCGAGUGACGCAGUGGCACCUCCACUCCGCCGGCCUCGUGCACAGGGACGUCCUCGACUUCGCCUCCUGCAGACAGCCCACCAAGCUGCACUCCUCGUCGGAUAAGGUGGUUCUGGAAGGAGCGGCCACUUGCAUAGACUUCCGCCCCGACCACGAGAAUAUAAUGCUCCUGGGGACGGACACAGGGGCGGUUUUCCAGUGCUCCGUCGCCUCCACCACCCACACCCUCUUCCGCUACCCCGCCCACACGUCCCCCGUCAGACAGGUGUCCUGGAAUUCGCACCAUCACGGGAUCUUCGUGACGUGCUCCCUCGACUGGAUGGUCAAAGUGUGGCAGCAUGACUCCCCCCUCAUCCAGCUGGACCUCGGCGGCGCGGUGGCUGGGGUAACUUGGACCCCACACAGCAGUAGCGUUUUCGUGGCGGUGACUGACGAGGGGCGUGUACAUGUGUACGACUUGCAUGUACGUAAAUGCCAUCCUCUGUGCGUACAGGGCGUGGUUCAGAAGAAAAGGGGCGUGGUCACCUGUAUCGCCUUCAGUCCCUUUCAUCCCGUUAUCCUUGUGGGCGGAGACAGGCAGCCCAAGGAUGCGAAAGGAUGCGACGCCCAGCAACUGAAGGAGAUUGAAAUGUGCAAGAUGGAGAGGAUUAUUGCAACCACCAGGGGAUAG